AUGGGAUAUUUUACCAGGAAGCGGGGGAAAGAAGGGCCAGACUCGUGGAUAGCACCCAUGGGAGAAAGUGCAAUAUCCAGAGCACUGAGAACUGCAGGAAACCGAGAGGGCCAGCCAGUUUUCUUACCAUACGAGGGGCUUGAGUUCAACUCAUGCGAGGAAGCUAAGGAAUUCUACAACCUUUACUCAUGGGAGGUUGGAUUUGGAAUUAGAAAGGGUGGCAGCAGGAAAAAUGGAAACAAGUACAUAACUAGACAAGAUCUAGUCUGUUCAUGCGAGGGUUGGUCAAGGAGUAAGAAGUCGGCCACAUGUAGAACAGGAUGCAAGAGGCUACUUUGGACAAGCGACCAUGGGUGGUACAUAAGCCGACUAAACAUUGAACACAAUCAUCCCUGCUCGGAGACGUACGGAGAGAAGAAGCAAUGGAACUCACACUCCGAAAUUGACCCCAUGACGAAGGACUUCAUCCAGAAGCUGCGUGAGAACAACGUCCCAAUCGGCAGAGUGUGCAGCAUCGUAGGCGUGUAUGGUAACCAACCGGGAGCACCGAUAAGGAGGGAAUCAGUCAGAUCUUUGUGUGCAAGAUUAGCACAAGAAAACAUAAGAGAUGAUAUAGACCAAUGUCAGGCCAUGGCUGCAGCCCUCAAGACAACAAUGAAGGGAACAAAGCACCGGUGGUGCCGCUGGCAUGUCCUGAGGAAACUGAAGCAGCAUGUGGGGAACCUUUACAGCAAACACAGUGCCUUCAAGAAGGAAUUCAAUAAGUUGGUGACAGAGGAGACAUCGGUUCAAAGAUUUGAAAGGAAAUGGAGGCAGCUGCUGCGGAAGUACAACCUUAUGGAGAACAAGUUCAUGAAGAGGCUGUACAAGAAAAGGGGAAUGUGGGCAAAACCGUACUUCAUGGACAUAUUCUGCGCAGGUAUGACAAGUACUCAAAGGAGUGAGAGUGCUAACCACAUGAUUAAGCGAUUCAUUCAGAGAUCUGCGCCAAUGCACAUGUUUGUGAGAAAAUUUAGUGAGUUCCAAACCGAUAGACAGGACCAAGAAGACAAGGAGAUCCAUGUAACAAAACAGAUGCGAAGGAGGACACGCGUGGGUGUGCCAAUUGAGAGGGAUGCUGAGCAAAUAUAUACAAGGUGGAUGUACGAAAAGUUCUACCAUGAACUGUUUGAAUCGGGAGGGUUCAUCAUAAAACAUAGGGGUGAGGAUGGUUUGUACGAGGUGGUGCACACACUGGAAGAUGGCAAUAUGGAAGCGCGGAGAUAUAAAGUGCGCUACCAUGGAGGUGAUGAAAUCUCAUGCGAAUGCGGACUGUAUGAACACAUGGGUAUGCUUUGUAGGCACUCACUGAAGGUACUUGUGAACCUUGACAUUAAGAGUAUACCGCGUGCCAACAUCAUGGCACGUUGGAGUAAAUGUGGAAGUGGGGGGCAUGGUGAAACAUCAGCAUGGAGGGAUCACAUAUCUACGAAAGAGACGACAAAUUUUGUCAAGAAGAGGAUGUUGUUGAAGAAAAUGGAGGAGGUAGCAUAUGGGACAAGUAAUAUCAGCGACGGCGCUUUUACUGAGGCGAUGGGGGCACUAGAAGCAAUAUCAGCAACGGAAACUGCGGUUACACAGACAUGCCAUAGGGCAAAUCAGGAUAUGGAGGAUGAUUAUGGCCCUAUUUCAUGUCCAGCGCGGCAGACAAAGAAAGGGAGAGCACAGAACACAAGCCUUCACUCAUUUGAACAGCAGCUGAAAAGGAAUAAGGCAGUUGCCACAGAUACUGAUGAAGAAAACCCAAGAGGAGGCAAGACGAGGGCUACAGCUGAGUUCAUGGGAGUGUAG